AUGCCCACUUUGAAUUUGUACACUAACGUCCCCGUUGAUGGCGUGGUUGCUUCUGAUAUCCUCAAAGACGCCACCAAAGCUGUUGCCAAAAUCAUCGGCAAACCCGAAUCCUACGUAAUGAUACUGGUAAAUGGAGGUGUACCGAUCUCGUUCGGGGGGACGGAAGAACCAGCUGCUUAUGGUGAGCUAGUCUCCAUUGGGGGUCUGGGCCCCACUGUCAAUGGCAAGCUUAGUGCCACCAUCGCCGAGAUAUUGCAGACCAAGCUUUCUGUUGAUAGUGCCCGGUUUUACAUAAAGUUUUAUGAUGUUCAGCGCCCGUUCUUUGGCUUCAACGGCUCGACUUUCUGA